AAAUGGUUAUCUACGGAGUGUACAUCGUCAACAAAUCUGGUGGGUUGAUAUUUAACCUGGAUCAUAACCUACCGAAGAUAGAAACGGAGAAAACCUUCAGCUAUCCACUGGAUAUCAACUUGGAGUACGAUGCUAAGAAAAUUUCCGUGGCAUUUGGACAGCGCGAUGGAAUCAAUGUGGGACACCAUCUAAUCGCCGUAAACGGAAUUCAAGUGAAUGGGACGGUAUUGGAGGAUGGUCGAGAUGUGAAGGAAUUGAUCGAAAAUAAGGACAACUAUCCACUGUCGUUGAAGUUCAGCCGACCAAAAAUGACGACAAAUGAGAAAAUUUUCCUGGCCAGCAUGUUCUACCCGCUGUUUGCAAUCGCUAGUCAAUUGAGCCCGGAACCGAAGAGCAGUGGCAUCGAGGUGCUGGAGGCCGAUACAUUCCGGUUGCACUGCUUCCAGACGUUGACCGGGGUAAAGUUUAUGAUAUUCGCUGAAAACAUGCAACUCGGCAUAGACGUACUGCUGCGGCGCAUCUACGAACUGUACGCCGAUUAUGUGCUGAAGAAUCCAUUCUACUCGCUGGAAAUGCCUAUUCGGUGCGAGCUAUUCGAUACGAAUCUGCAGGCGUUACUGGAUCAAGUCGAGAAAGGUGGAGUGGGCGGUAUUUAAAAGGCGCAUGUUUAGCUUAAGGCAGGCCGCAACACCAAAAGCCAAUGCUUUUCGACUGUUUUCGAGAAACAUUACUUUUAUUUGAUUAUGAGCUGAUUCUACAUUCAUAGGUUAAUUUAAACCAUCUC